CCAGGCUGGGUGGGAUGGGGCUGGGCCCGACGGGCUGGACACCCCCACGACGGGCCCCGGGGGACCCGGGAAGAAAGCCGACGAGCUCCAAGUCCAGGGCCAAGGCUUGUGUUCAACCGAGUGAAUGGCCGGCGGCCCCCUACCACAUCCCCAUCCACCGGGGCGACCCAGGAGACCUACACACUGGCCCACGAAGAGAAUGUCCGCUUUGUGUCCGAAGCCUGGCAGCAAGUGGAGCAGCAGCUGGGUGGUGGCCCAGCCGGUGAGAGCAGUCCGAGGCCUGUGCAGUAUGUCGAGAGGACCCCCAACCCCAGACUGCAAAACUUCGUGCCCAUUGACCUGGAUGAGUGGUGGGCACAGCAGUUCCUGGCCAGAAUCACUAACUGCUCCUAGCCGCCGCUUUGGAAGGAACGUCGCCUGCACGGGCCUGGCCCUGCCACAUGGCAGACCCUCUGCUAGGAGAAGACCACGUGUACCCACUGCAGCAGGUCGUGCAUCCCUCUGGGCCAGGCUGGACGCCAGCCACACCUGAAGUGCCAGCAUUUGGACUUUUGUACCUUCUGACCCCUUGGCCCAGCUGUGCCAGGCUGCCAGGGGCUGAACCUGUCUGACCUCAAUCCUGCUCACGGUGCCUGGGGACCAGCCCCUGGGGCUGGUAUGGCAGAGCUCCAGGUUAAUAAAGUCAAGAAACUGCC